AUGGCUGAAGAUCAUGAUUCACGGCCACCCCACGAGCCGCAGCUCACGCCUGUCGGGGAGAAGUCCUUACCCGCAAAAUGUAAGGCAAACAUUCUGACUUACUGUCCCACUAUGGAUCUCAUUGCUCUGUCGAGUGAGGACGAUGAACUUUUUGUCUACCGCCUGAAUGGACAGAAGGUUCUUGGGGGCAAUUUCAAAGGAGACCCAUAUCUUGAUGAGGAUGAUGGUGGUGGCGAGAUUCGAGGAUUGAAGUGGAAGAAUACCGGUCAUCUGCUGUCUGUGGCUUGCGCUGACAACACCAUCCGGGUCAUCAGCGCUUACAGCGGGAAAACCGUUCACCAUUACCCUGUUUAUCAGUCUGACGGCGAAUCAUCACCUCCUGUCAAGGUGACCUGCUUAGGUUGGGGAGUGAAUUUCACCGACAGCAAAGCAGCAAAGAGGCACUUGCACGACGCUGCCGGCCAAGUCAACGUCGAUGACCUCUUGUCCCCGGACAAUCAUCCGUCCAAAGCAGCAGCUUUACUUAAAGCUGACUUACCGAGAGAGCUAGCAUUGCUUGAUGUCGAGUCUUCACUCCCCAAACUAAGCACAUUGCCAGCAACAGGCAGCGAUGACGAUGUUUUCAGUUCGCGGGCGUCUAUUGACGCUAUAUUCCAUGCUAUCUCAAAAAGCGCUAGCGACGCGGUGGAUGUAUUAUUAGUAGGCUUUGAUGACGGGACAGUCCACUUGCGCAUCUUCGACUGUUUCGAGAUUGGCUCUCUCCAGGUCGGAGGUUCUAUUGGGGAUUCGGGCCCCUGCCAGAUCCUUCGUCAUGCCUCGCAUCCACUUAGCUCGACACAUGCAUUAUUGGCGCUGGCGCCAGAGGCCACCUCGAGCCCUUUACAUCUUCUCACACUUGAUCUUCGCUUCAUUACCCGGUCAGGAAGAUAUCUGUCCCUCCUUGCGCACAAGACGACACAGCUACAGAAUUUGCUGCGAUAUAUCAGUCAGGUGCAGAGGCAGAUUGAGCUUGAAUGGAAGAAUGCACAAGAACUGCCGACAAGGUACAUGCGCAGUGUCAAUGAGGAUUUGCAGGAGAAAUGCCACUGUGACUUUGUCACAGCUGCGUAUCACCUGGUUGUUACUGGGGAUUGCUUCGAGCCAUUGAGGGAAUUCUUGGUGGAUAUUGUUGGCGAGAGGGGACACAAGAGAUGGGAGAAGGCUGUUUCUAGCGGCUAUGAGAAUGUCCGACGAUUAACCCACGAAUGCCUUCUUCCCGCUCUGGAGAGGUGCGAAGUAUUAUUGAGCCGGCUGAUUGGGCUAUCAAAAUUCUAUAAACUGAGUGAAGUACUUGGCCUGGAAACAUCAGACCUAACGGCGAUCGUGGAGACCCUCGAUUGUCUUCACCUUCUCGCCCACCACAUCCUAAUCCAUGCCAACGAAGAGUUAACCCAGUUUAGCUGUUUCUCUAGAUGGCUUCGCCAUGAGAUAGGCAUGCAAAGUGCGGAACCGAUGUCACAAACCCUAGAGGAGUUGAUGGAGAAGACAGACAUGGUCGAGUAUCCUCAGACGUUGAAAUACAUACGCGGCGCUCUUACCAAGAGCAAGUUGCGGAACUUCAUUCAGCAGCUGCCCAUGAUGGGAAUGCCAAGGCCACCUACCACAUCCUCAGACAAAUGGGCUCCAACCGGCCAGGAUAGGUCUUUCUAUGACACAUUCAGAAAGCUUCUCGCGCAGAGUGAGAGCCCCGAGGAGGCCAACUCGGUUGAGCUACCCAAGAUGAACGACCUUACGAAGCGCUUGGGGCUACAGUUCGAGAGGGUCUUUGGGCAGAUCGCACUGACACAACGCCGGGGAAUACUUCAUCGUUCGCCUUUGGCUCUUCAUCCUGACUGUGAUAAGGAUGUUAUUGAUAUUGUCAUGUGCAACGAGGAUACCGAAAAGAAGGAUCAAUGUGUGAUCUACAUUGCUACUAGAUCCAUCAAGAAGAGGCAUCUGCUGUGUUUCUAUCGUGUUGAGUUGGACUCCGAAAAUGGUGUUAGUUCCACUCGACGAAUUUUUACCGGAGCACUCGAUCUACAGGAAGGAGAAGUCCGACAGGUUCAGUUUGUUGAGGAUGGUACAGUUGUAAUCUUGUGGUCGAACAAUAAAGGAACCUCUUACCUCCUUAGCCUUCCUUUCCAGCCUGCUGCAACAAUGAAAACUAACACGGUUGCCGAGUCUCUGGCGCCUUGUCCCGUGGACUAUCAUGAUAGCCUGCAGGAACCUACAUCGCCUGACCCGGUUACAUCCGCAACGGUCGUGGAACUCAUGUCUCCAGACUCUUCGUUUGCGGGUCUUAUCAAGCAUACUUUCACUGGGGCUAAAGCGAAAGCAAAGCCUAUUAGAGUUGAUGUCAAUGGCAGACGCGGUCGCCGGGCGAUCUGCGUACUGUAUGGAGAUGCUAUGCGAUAUGAAGUGUUAGACCUAGAUGCGGAACUGGAGGAUGAGGACGAAGAGGAAGACGAGGAAGACAUGGAGGAACUGGAGGAAUGA